AUGAAUCACAACAACGACGACAACAAAGAAAAUGUUGCACCAAAAGAAGACUAUGUACCUCUGGAACCAGAAAACGUGCAAAUGCUGCAGGUAAACGGAGAACACAGGAAUAUUGUUAUGGAGACUUUGCCACGAAUUGAGCAACUUCGUGAGGAAUUGCGCGUAGUGUCCACGUGGCUCCAGAAUGUUCUGAAUGGGCGCAUUCAACUCAUUGAUGAGGAGGCCAAUCGCCGUGGGGAGCAGCUAAAUCAGCUCGAAAAUGAGCUGACGGAGUUGGUGAAUCGUCUGGUGCAAGCAUACAACUACAGAGAGCAGAUUAUUCGUAUUUUCCAAUGA